AUGAACAACAACGACAAUAUAGAUAACAUGCGUAACACCACUGUAUUUAUGAACGGGCAAAACCACAACGACCACAACUUAAAUGGGCAACAAGAUGCAACUGUCUUAAACGAACAGACCGUUACCGGACAAACCAAUAAUGAGCGUUCCAACAUAUUUUUUGCCAAUCUUAAUAACAACCCCAACACUCGAGGCCCUGGAUAUCGCUUGCUGUCGGUGCAAGGCAUGGAAACGCUCCAGACUUUUCUACGGGAACAUGGGAACGAGUGUAUAAAACAGUUUAUUAAGGUAGGUUAG